AUGACGGCCCCAGACAGUAAGCAAGAGAGACCUCCUUCCCUUCUCCGCGACGACUCCAAAUAUGCGUUGGAGAAGCUGUCGUCUAUCAUCACGGCGGAAGACUAUGAAGAUCUUGGAAACCACUCGACGGAGGCCAUGGGGGAGACGGGCCUCUUUGCCGUUGCUCAGUCCUUGGUCAUGAUGAAGGGAUUACUGGACCGGUGUCUCAAUCGUGAGAGUACCUUGGACCGGGUGCGCGCAAAGGCGGAGCAGACGGGGGAAGAGCUUGGUCAACUCCAUAAAUGGAGGUCCAAUAUGGAGAAGAAGCUGGAGCUUUCUGAGAAGGCAAGGAAAGAGCUGGAGGAGAAGACGGUCGAUGCGUUGACGGUCAUAGAGAAAAAGGAGGCGGAGAUUAAAGAACUCAAGGAAGAGAUCCGUCAUGUGAAAGAGGUAGCCGUCAAGGAGUACCGCGAUUCAGAGUCCUGUUUGGGCGAGCUGUCGGAGUCUUUCCUUCAAGGCUUCGAUGAUUCUCUCCGUCAGAUCAAGAAGGCCUACCCAGAGCUGGAUUUUAGACAAACCUCGUUGCUUUCAAUCGUUAAGCUUGCUGCAGAAAUAUUUGGCCUGCUCCUCCUCAUCAUCACACUCAUUCUCGCAUUUCGCAAGCUUACAACUAACAACACUGGAAAUGCUAUCCAAACUCUUCCUGAAGGCAACGUUGCUAGCACCAAUGGCGUCAGCAACCAUGACAAUAUACAGCUUGUAGCUCUGAACCUUGUCUGA